AAGCUUUGAUGUAUUGAUUUUGUGCGGAGAACUGUGCCAUGGAUCCAUGCAGCAGCUCGUGCUGUACAAGCAAGGGCGAGGAGUCUGGACUGAAGGCGGUUCAGAGCAGCUCCCUGUUUUUCAACUUGCCAGAUGCAAAUCAGGUAUUCGAUGCGACAAAGACUCCUGAGGGACCUCAUGAGCGAGGUCCCGUAGAACUUGAAAAUCGCAUUGUGUACACUGGCCAAUGGCUUGGGACACGGCGGCAUGGAGAAGGUAUGUUGCUGAGGCCCGACGGUGGUAGAUACGAGGGCCAGUUUGUGAACGACCGAGCUUGCGGUAGAGGGAGAUUUGUCCAUGCCAACGGCGACGUCUACGAGGGGCAGUGGCUGGAUGAUAAGGCCCAUGGCUCUGGGAAGUUUCUGCACUCAGAUGGCUCAUCAUACAUUGGCGACUGGGUGGAGGACAUGAAGUCUGGUCAAGGUCUUGAGACCUGGGCGGAUGGCUCGACCUUCAAGGGCGAGUACAGGGAUGGAAAGAAGCAUGGCCAUGGUGUCUUUACUUCGUCGGACAACUCGUCAUACUCUGGUCAAUUUGUGAAUGACAGCAUGCACGGCGAGGGAACAUACACGUUCUCUGAUGGCCGCGUAUAUGUCGGGAUGUGGAAAGACAGUCAAAUGACAGGGCAGGGGACAAUGCAAUGGCCAGAUGGCAGAUGGUACGAAGGUGGCUACCUUGGUGACAGAAAGUCGGGCGAAGGCAAGUUCUGCUGGCCAGAUGGUCGAUGCUAUGUCGGGCAGUGGCUCGAAGGAAAGCAGCAUGGCACAGGCCGCUACAUCGAUGCCAAGGGCGUCUCCAGAGAAGGACUUUGGAAGGCGGGCACCCGCUUGAGAUGGAUCGAUACGGACGAUGCUUCAUAGUGUCGGGCCGGUGCAGGGUGCCACGCUUUCUAGCUGCCAAGAUCGGACAGUGCGUGGCACACGUGCGCACACAACCCGAACCCUGAAGGUUUCACUUGAUUAGUAAGUCUCCGUAUGAGCGCGUACACAUGGCUCUGCCGGAGGUAGGUACAUGGGGUGAUCAAUGUCAUCACACGCCUCCAUGAAGUACAUGGAAGCAUUGAACGGGGGA